AUGUCGUUGACUGAAUCUUCUCCAGCUGAGAUAGCAAAGCUCGCUUCUGCAGGUGCCAGACAGUUGGCUAUCCUGUCGUCUGACGCCAGGAACAAGGCGCUUGUGGCCAUACAUGAUGCGCUCAAGCAGAACAAAGAUGUCAUUCUUCAGGCCAAUUCCAGGGAUGUCGAAGCCGCUACAAAUGCAGUUGAAAAAGGCGAUCUCAGCUUAAGCAUUCUGAAGAGACUUGACCUGGCUCGGCCUGGGAAGUAUGAUGAUAUGCUCAAGGGCAUUCUCGAUGUCAAGAAUCUAGAAGAUCCAAUCAUUGCCAACAUUGCGGCUCUCUCCAUCAAAUCUGGAAACGCUGCUAUAUUAAAGGGAAAUACUGACAUUGACCGUGCGGCAGGCGGAAAGGAGUCAACCGAGUCAUUCAUAGAAAUAUCUAGAGUAAUAGCGGAAGCUGCGGCUACGACGGAAGUGCCAAAGGCCGCCGUCCAGUUAGUCAAAACACGAGAUGCAAUUCUCCCACUUUUGGCACUGGAUGACCAUAUUGAUUUGGUGAUCCCACGAGGCUCAAAUGACUUGGUGAAGUUUGUGAAAACGAAUACAAAGAUCCCUGUCCUUGGCCAUGCAGACGGGAGAUGUGCUAUCUACCUUCACUCGGAUGCCGAUGUUAAUAUGGCUGAGCGGGUUAUACUUGAUUCAAAACUACACUACCCUGCUGCUUGCAAUGCUGCAGAGACACUUCUGGUUGAUGAAAGAGCACUAUCAACUAUCUUUCCUAGGGUAGCUGCAGCAUUAACUGCCAAGGGAGUCACUAUGAAGUGUGACCCAAAGUCCAAGGCUGCACUCCAAGAUAAACUGGAUUCGAACCAGCUUGCGUUGCUCAAAGAUGCAACCGAGGAAGACUACAGCACAGAGUUCCUCGAAGCAAUCAUAGCUGUGAAAACUGUUGAGGGAACAAGUGACCAGUCUUAUGUAGAUGCAGCGAUCUCACACAUUGGGGGGCACUCAUCAAAGCAUACAGAUGUGAUAUUGACAUCUACGAGGGAGCUUGCUGAGCGCUUCUUGAGUGCGGUUGAUAGUGCAGGCGUCUACUGGAAUGCUAGUUCUAGGAUGGCAGAUGGAAUGAGGUAUGGCUUUGGCACAGAGGUUGGAAUCAGUACCAACAAGAUUCACUCAAGGGGCCCUGUCGGAUUGGAAGGCUUGACGAUAUACAAAUAUCUAAUCCGGGGGGAAGGCCAUAUUGCGGGUGACUACUUCCAGGGCGAAGGUGGUAGGACCUGGAAACAUGAAAAGAUGGACAUUUGA